AAGAGCUGUUCAGAGCUGCUUCUUCUUCUGCUUUUGUAGUUCUGACUUUCUGUAUCCAUUGGGCAUAUGUUGUUAGAAAAGAGAAAAAAAAAAAGAAAGAUGGCCCCCGUUGCAUGUUCAGGUUGGUUGGAAAUGCUCUGCGAUUGUCAUGUUUCAGCUUGCCGCUCGUACAUUUAGUGUCUUGUGCUCACUUCACCCCCGAAGGAAAAUCUAAAAUCCGAGAUGCUCGGCAGUCCAUCAUCAGCCCUGACUGGAACUUUGAGAAGAUGGGGAUUGGAGGCCUUGACAAGGAGUUCUCUGACAUCUUUCGCAGAGCCUUCGCCUCACGAGUCUUCCCUCCAGACAUCGUUGAACAGAUGGGCUGCAAGCACGUGAAGGGAAUCCUGCUGUACGGCCCCCCAGGCUGCGGCAAAACCCUCAUGGCCCGUCAGAUCGGCAAGAUGCUGAAGGCCCGGGAGCCGAAGAUCGUCAAYGGCCCAGAGAUCCUCAACAAGUACGUCGGAGAGUCCGAGGCUAACAUCAGGAAGCUGUUCGCAGAUGCAGAAGACGAGCAGAAGAGGCUCGGAGCCAACAGCGGCCUCCACAUCAUCAUCUUCGACGAGAUYGACGCCAUCUGCAAGCAGCGCGGCAGCAUGGCGGGCAGCACCGGCGUCCACGACACCGUGGUCAACCAGCUGCUGUCCAAGAUAGACGGAGUGGAGCAGCUCAACAACAUCUUGGUCAUAGGUAUGACCAACAGGCCCGACCUGAUAGAUGAGGCCUUGCUGAGGCCUGGAAGGCUGGAGGUGAAGAUGGAGAUCGGGUUACCAGACGAAAACGGUCGCAUUCAGAUCCUAAACAUCCACACAGCAAAGAUGCGUCAAUACAACCUGCUGGCCACCGAUGUGGACGUUAAGGAGCUCGCCGUGGAAACUAAAAACUACAGCGGUGCUGAGUUGGAGGGACUGGUCCGGGCCGCGCAGUCCACCGCCAUGAACAGACACAUCAAGGCCAGCAGCACAGUGGAGGUCGACAUUCAGACGGCGGAGAAGCUGCAGGUCAGCAGACUGGAUUUCAUGGCCUCGCUGAAUAACGAUAUCAAACCGGCGUAUGGAACCAACCAGGAGGACUACGCCAGUUACAUCAUGAACGGUAUAAUCCGGUGGGGUGAUCCAGUUUCAGCCGCCCUGGAGGAUGGAGAGCUGCUGGUGCAGCAGACGAAGAACAGUGAUCGUACACCGCUGGUCUCUGUGCUCCUGGAAGGCCCACCUAACAGCGGGAAAACMGCUCUGGCAGCUAAGAUUGCUGAAGACUCCCAAUUCCCUUUUAUCAAGAUCUGUUCGCCUGACAAGAUGAUCGGACACUCUGAGAUCGCCAAGUGUCAAGCAAUUAAGAAGAUAUUUGAAGAUGCUUACAAAUCACAGCUCAGCUGUGUGGUAGUUGAUGACAUUGAGCGCUUGUUGGAUUAUGUGCCGAUUGGUCCUCGUUUCUCCAACUUGGUGCUGCAAGCGCUGCUGGUUCUCCUCAAGAAACCGCCUCCAAAGGUACCCGCAGUUUCAGUUGUGUUAUUCAUCUCCUCCUCAUGCUGUUAGUCCUUAGGCAGCAGA